CUCGUGUUCAGCCAAUUACUCGAUCCUUUACGCUUGAUUAUAGACCAAUUAAACUCUGCUCUUAAAUGGACCGAGGGGAAGGAAAUUCUCUACAUGUCUGGAGAGGUUAGGGACAGGCAAUCCUUAAUCAAUAACUUCAAUGAUGCAAACAGCCAAUCGAAGAUUCUCCUUGCAUCAACGAGAGCUUGUUCCGAGGGAAUCAGCUUAGUUGGAGCUUCUAGAGUUGUGCUACUCGAUGUCGAAUGGAAUCCUUCGGUUGAAAAACAGGCCAUCAGCAGAGCUUAUCGGAUUGGACAGAAGAAGGUUGUCUACACAUAUCAUCUGCUCACUCAAGGGACUAAAGAGUGUGAUAAAUAUUGCAAACAGGCAGAAAAGCACCGGUUGUCUGAACUAGUUUUUUCGGCUAAAAAUGCCGAUAAUCAUAAUGAGCCGAAGAACUGUGCAGCGGACAUUGAAGAUAGAAUUCUUGAUCUAAUGAUUCGGCACGAAAAUCUCAAAGACAUGUUUGUUGAGUGUGUGGUACAGCCGAAGGAGCGAGAAUUUGAGAGUUUUGGCUAUUGAUUAUGAUGAAUGUAUAGGCCAAGGACUAACU